AUGGGUUCAAAUUAUCUAUGUGAUUUUUUUCAUACGUAUCAUUAUGAUAGUAAAAGGCGAAAAUUCACAUCAUCCUUAUCAAUGGGUGUCUUACAUUCAUUUCAUCGUGAAUUACAAGGUUUAUUAGCUUCUUUAGAAGCUUUUCCAGCUGCAUUCAAUGGUCAAUUAGAUGUUGUUAAAAAAUUUAUUAGAGAAUAUCCAACAUUUAAAGAUAAACCAGGAUUAUGGGAAACAACAUUACUAUUUUCAGCAGCACGAAAUAAUCAUUUAGAUAUUGUUAAAUACUUGAUUAAAGAAGCACGUUGUUCUGUCAAUGCUCAAAAUCAACGUGAUGUUAAUUUUGCAUUGAAGACUUCUGGAAAAGAUUUCGCUCCUCGACCAACAGCAGCAUCGACAGCUCUUCAUGGUGCUUGCUUUUAUAAUCAUUUGAAUGUUGUGAAAUAUUUAAUUAGACAUGGUGCUGAUUACUUUAGUCGAAAUCAGGCAAAUGAAACACCAAUAAAUAAUGGAGAACAACAUGCUGAUAUAAAAAACUUUUUUCGAGAUUAUCUUAUUAUGGGUUAUUCUAUUGCAGCUUCAGAACGUAUACCUAAUCAACCUGUGAUGGAUGAUUAUCAACGCCCAAUACAAGACUGCAUGUGGGAAUAUAAACCAAUUCAAGAUCCUAAAUGGUAUAAGUUUACUGAACCGGAAGCCAAAUCUUUGCAUAAAGCUUUAUUACCAUCAGAAGAAUUUCAGCAACAAGUUUAUUUGAAAGUAGCCAGAGGUUUAUAUAGUGUAUCAAUUAUUGAAUUUUUACGAUCAGGAAGACAUGAACAAGAUCCACAAAAAAAUAUGGCAUGGGUCCGAUGUCGUGGUUCUAGUGUUUUAAACUUUGAUUGUUUUUCAAUCUGGCAAAUGAUGUUAACUCAACAUCCAAAAGUAAACAAAAGUACAGAGGCUAUCGCAUCCUUAAAAAUACAACAUUUUCCAGUUAUGAAUAGUAGUCGCUUUGCGCUUCAAUUAAGUACUUGGUAUAGUUGUGAUGAUAAAACAAGUUCAUUAUUAGAUAAUGCUAUGAAUUAUCGACGAAAAAUUAUUUCAAUUAAUAUACCUUACGUUGGUGAUGACUUGGUUUUAAAUUUACACACAUUUGAGUUUUCAAAUAAUGGCAACACAAUUGUUGGAUAUAUUCGAUGGAUUCCAAAACUUAUAUCUAAUACUGGAAAUAUAGAACAGAAAAUCGUGUUUGUUGAUAAUUACCAAUCUACGGUUAAUAUCCAACCAAUUCCGUUAACUACAAAACGUUGGAAACUUUUUCAAGAGAAAUAUACUGAUGAAAAACAAGCGAACAAUUUAGCAAGUCAAGAAGAUAAUGAUGAUGAUGACAGUGGCUUACAUAUGGCGACAAGAUUUGUAACAGGAAAUGAUGAUGAAGCCUAUGAUGCUGAUGAUGAUAUUGGCGAUUUGACUAACAAGAGGAAAGCAGCAAACUACAAUAAUGAUACUUGGAGUAUCACCGAUCUCAAUGAUGAAAACCCUAAUAUCAAACGGCGCGCUGAUACCGACUCAAGUGCAGGAGACAAUAAAAUUUCGGGAAAGCCUAUCGGACCUUUUCCCCACGAAAAAGUUGGUAAAGAUAUACCAGCAGCUGUCAUCGAACGACCAAAUCCUACGUUACAAGCUGGUACAAUUGAUGCUCUUAACUCUAAGUUAGAAGGAGAUUUAAAACAACAAUUAGUCAAUAAACAAACUCAAGAACAAAAACUAAAAGAUUUAAUCAAACAAAUCAAAGCUUUUGAUUAUGAUCAUAUUGAAUCAUUUAUUGCACAAAAUUAUUUAUUUAGCAAAACAGAACACAUUAUUAAUCAUCUUAAAACAAAACAUCCAAUUGAUGAUUUACUACCGGGAAUACUUACUAUUAGAAUUACAGAAAAAAAUAACGUUUAUUGUGUAUCAGUUACUGGUCUUCAAGUACAUCAUGAUGAAUUCAAACUUGUUCUAAAAC